CUCUCUCUUUGUCUCUCUACCCAUACUUUUUUGCCUGAGCAACAGAGCAAAGAAAACAGACCUGUUUGUCUUACUGAAACCAGGAAACCAAUCAAAGGCAAGACAAGUAGGAACAAAAAGGGUGACCUGAAGAGAGACAGAGAAGAAGCAGCUCUUUUUCCAUGGUGCUGCAUGUAAAUAUACCUGCUCCAUUGACCCUGAGCUUGUAGGAUUGUUAUGCUGCUGAGAUAAAUCCCGGUAAGAAAAGUAUGGUGCUAAAGAGUGACUCUGUGUGUAUAGUAGAAAGGAGUAAAUACAGGCUAAGAGGCAUCCGUAAAUGCUGCUUUUUCUUGUUUUGUCUACUUUACCAGAAGGUUGUGUAAUAGGCCUUGCAUUCAAUUUUCUUUUCAAGUUCUAACAUAGAAACUAGAAGAGGACAGCAGUGUUUACGCUGGCCGUGGAACAACACCGGAUGCUGUUUGAAGAGGAUAGGAUGCAGCGUACUCAGAUCAACUUGAGGACUCUCAAAGAUUAUUGUACUGACUGCGAGUGUCGGUGUGAUCAAUCAGAAACCUGAACUCUGUAAGCUGUAGCUCCACCCAUCUUCUGCUUAUCAGUUCACAUUCAUUCAAAACUGAACUUUGACAUCUCAUGACACAGUUUAAUAUUUAUGGUUAAACGCCCUCUUAUGCAGACACAUACUGAAACACGGACGUUUGAGGUACUUUUUGCAUCACUUCACUUUCAAACACACAACCAGGAUCUUUAUGGCAGAAGCUGGUCCGGGAGCCUCGAGGAGCACCAGAAUGAGCUGCAAACCCCUGACUGGUGAAGACCUACGGCUGACGGAGAAGACCCUCAAAAGACUGGAAAGGCUUUCGGAGCUGUGUAUGAACCCCCGCCUUGGCCUGAGGAACAGUCCGCCAUUUCUGCCAGAUCUGGUUCGAGAGACUUCGACUUUACUCACGCAGGUCUGGCUGCCUUAUCAAGAUGUUAGGACAGGAGGAGGCCUGGCUCCACGAGGGGAUGAGGCGAGAUACUUGAGAAUCCAUAUCAGAAACCUGCUGGAUAAGACGGACCGGGCCAUGCUGCUUUUCAAAGAGGGCCGAGAGAAGAUAUUUGAUGAGACAUCCAGCUACAGGAGGAAUUUGACCAAACUGUCCUUGCUGUUCAGUCACAUGCUGUGGGAGCUCAAGGCUAUGUUUCCAGGGGGAUAUUUUCAGGGUGACACCUACAAAGUGUCUAAGAUUGAAGCAGAUCAAUUCUGGAGGAAGUAUUUUGGAACCAUGUGUAUCGUGCCAUGGAGAAAAUUCAGAGAACAGUUGAAAAGUGCACAUCCAUUUGAGGAAGGGAUGGAAGCCAUGGCUCUGAAAUCAACAAUUGAUCUUACCUGUAAUGAUAACAUCUCAGUGUUUGAGUUUGAUAUUUUCACACGGCUGUUCCAGCCUUGGAAAUCACUUAUAAGAAACUGGAACCAGCUUGCUGUGACACACCCAGGCUACAUGGCCUUUCUUACUUAUGACCAAGUUGUAGCUCGGCUCGAACACUACCUGCACAAACCUGGGAGCUUCAUCUUUCGUCUGAGCUGCACCAGAAUGGGUCAGUGGGCCAUUGGUCAUGUGACCCCUGAAGGCGACAUCAUCCAGACCAUUCCACAGAACAAGCCUCUAUACCAGGCACUCAUCCAGGGCUUCAAGGAGGGCUGCUACUUAUACCCAGAUGGCCGUGACAUGAACCCUGACCUGACAAGCUUGUGUGAACCGACCGGCAGAGACAAAGUCAAAGUUACAGAAGAGCAGUACGAGAUGUACUGUGAGAUUGGAAGCACUUUCCAGCUGUGUAAGAUCUGUGCAGAGAGGGAUAAGGACAUUCGGAUUCACCCCUGUGGACAUCUCCUGUGCCAGCCUUGUCUCACGGGGUGGCAGCAGAAGUCAGCUGGCCGCACCUGCCCAUACUGCCGCUGCGACAUCCAAGGGACCGAGUCCAUCCUCGUCGAGCCCUACCUGAAAGUCAGCCAUAGGUGGGGGGAUGAUGAAGAAGAGGAUGAUGGUGGUGAUGAUGAUGAUGAUGAUGAUGAUGACGGUGAGGAGGAUCAUGAGGACAUUGAGGUGGUGGUGAAGGAAAUGGCUGCCCUCCGGAAGUUCUCAAGUUUGGACUCCCAGAUCAACAGUUCUCACCUCAGAGCUCCACCUUUACCCCCGAAAAACGGCGCUACCGCAGACUGCCCGUCUCCCAAGCCGUUUAGCAGACAUUCUCACUCUUAUGAUGCGGCAUCUGAGAGACCAGAGGCGAACAGUCCUGGAUUCUUUGGCGAAGCAGAUUCUUCUUCUUCUUCUCAAAAGGCUGCAGACUGCGCAGCAGCAUGGGCCGGACCCUCCAGUCCAGUCCAAGAGAGAAGACGUAAAGAGAUGGAGAGAGGCGCAGCAAGACUCAGAAAAGACAAAUCUGGCUUAGGAGAAAUAACAAGAACUAUGUCCUCCUGAUUGAACAAACAGAACGGCAACAUCUGAAGUCUAGGAAAUGUUUAACAAAGAAGCAAGAGGGACCUGAGAUAACUUUUACAAUAAUAAGACUAAAGUGAAUGUAAAAAAAAAAAAGAGAGGGGGGUUAUCUCAUGUCUGAAUGGCCAUGUCUGCUACAAAUAGUCCUGAUCAGAAAUUUACAUCAACUCUUCAUCAACAGGAAUAUCGUUUUCAUUGUGGGUUUUUCCUUAUUUGCUUAAAUUAUUUGUUAUUUUCUGGUGGACUGAUAACACACCAUACAACUGUAGUGUUUUUUUUUUUUUUGAAGCAAGAAGUAGAUGCACAAGUUUAGAUUUAUUUUUGGAUUGUCUCUUGUCCACUCAAUGUCAAGCAGAUAUAAAAAGGCUGAAAUAUUCACAUACA